AUUCAGCAUAUGUUGAGUUAGAGCUAGAACCAAGAAGAGGAACAAAAAAGAACAAUGGAAAAUUCGAAAGAAGAGAAGCCGCGAAGGAAAAACUACCGAAAGAGAACUCCAACUGAAGAACACGACCAACCUCCACAAUCUCAACAAAACAACGAUUCCGAUGACGAAAGCGAAAGAAGAUUGGCAUUGGAAGAAAUCAAGCUUCUCCAGAAACAACGAGAAAGAAAAUCAGGAAUCCCUGCAACCCUCACUCUGCAGCAAUCUCAGCCUGGAAUUUCCAGCGGUUUAGCUUCUAAAGCCGUUGAUAAGAAUGACGCCGGCGGCGAUGGCGGUGAUAAGGAUGAUCUUGUACUUCAAGAUACUUUUGCUCAAGAGACUGCUGUUAUGGAUGAAGAUCCCAAUAUGGUUAAGUAUAUUGAGCAGGAAUUGGCGAAGAAGAGAGGUAGGAAUAUUGAUGAAGAAGAUCAAGUUGAGAAUGAGUUGAAACGUGCUGAAGAUGAAUUAUAUACAAUCCCUGACCAUCUUAAAGUAAAAAAGAGAAAUUCAGAAGAAAGCUCUACACAAUGGACAACUGGUAUUGCUGAGAUUCAGCUUCCAAUAGAAUAUAAAUUGAAAAAUAUUGAAGAAACCGAGGCUGCCAAAAAGCUUCUGCAGGAAAAGAGGCUUAUGGUGGGUCGAGCAAAGUCAGAUUUCAGCAUUCCAUCAAGUUACAGUGCUGAUUAUUUCCAGCGUGGCAGGGAUUAUGCUGAAAAACUUAGAAGAGAACAUCCUGAGUUGUACAAAGAUAGAAGUCAACAGGAUGAUAAUUCUGCAUCCAAACAAAACGAGUCCAGCAGUGAUGCUCCUGGAGCAGUACAGAGGCAGGCUGCAACAGACCAAUUCAUGUUAGAGCGUUUCAAGAAACGAGAACGUCACCGUGUUCGGCGUUAGCAUAAAUGUGAUGUUAGUGCCAUAUGUUACAUUAAUCUGUGCAAGAUCGUUAUUUAAAAAAGAGAAGCAGAACAUGCAGCUCCUUGUGCUUUAUAUUUUGUUGACUCUCUCAGGAAAACUGCGAAGAAGUACCAAGAAUCUCUGAGGAAAACUGCGAAGAUGUACCAAGAAUGUAUCAAUUCAGCCAAAGCAUAGCCGAGCAGUGUCUGGUAUGCUGUGGCCAAUACUGAGGCAACAGAAUUGUGUUAAUUACAUCUUUGUUUGGUCAUCAAUAACUUGCUGUUAGCCUGUAAGAUGAUAUUGUAUGAACUUCUGGUAAUGGCUAAAUAGGAUCGGGGGCUUUGUUAGGCGAACUUCAAAUAUUAUACUGUAAUGAUAUUUCCAGAAUGUUUUUGCAAGUGAAGAGUUGCUUGUUUAGGACUGACUCUGUUAUUCACGAUUCUGAAUUGACUAAUUCAUUAGAUUUCUGUUUUCUUCCACAAUAGCUGCUAUUUGCUCUGCUUCGUCACUCAAUGUAAGCUUAAUGGUCAUGAUAUGGGUAGCUAUUUGCUUUGCCUCGUGACUAAAAACAUUCUCGUA